CCUUGAGGAUUUUCCAGAAUCUUUUGCUUCUCUGUGUUAAUUUUUUUCUUGUAGACCUCACUGUUGUGUUAUACGACUUGUUAUGAUUUUCUUUUCUUUUCUUUUCUUUUGUUUUUUGUUGUUGUUGUUUUUGUUAUCUCUCAUUAUUCCUUCUUUGUCUACUCAUAUGUACUGAUAGGAUCUUAGGAUCACAGUUUUUUUAGCAUAAUAAAAAAAAAUUUCUAUGUAUUUAAUAGAUUCAUCACAUGCCUGAUGAGGACUCCCUGAGCAACAGACGAAACAUCUCGUAUAAUGCUUUGAAUAUAUUUUAUUUCCUAAUCUCAUCAUCACUCUCAUCCACCCUCAAUAACCAAUUCUCUUGAUACGAGCCAAUCAUCAAUCUAAACAACUAACUUAAAUAACUUUGACAGAAAAAGGUUUAAUUUUCUUUCUUUAAGAUAUUUACACCGCGAAACAAAAGUCUUUUCUCCUCUUUGCUUCUAUACUAUCAUGCUUUGCAUCAAAUUUAUUGCAGAGUAAAGAUACGACAUUAGAGUUUUAUUUCAAUACGAUACAAAUCAUACUGAAAUAAAACUCUUAUGUCGUACCUUUGCUUGGUAAUAAAUUUGAUGCAAAGUAUGAUAGUAUAGAAAUAAAGAGGGGAGCAGGCUUUUGUCCGAGGGUGUAGCUAUAUAGGGCAUAAAUAUCACCAGUGAUAGAUCGCAUUCCUUAUAAAAAAAUAGUGCUAUUAUAAAUCGCACCAAAAUUAUAGGGUAUGCUGUCUAUAUUGUUUCAAGAACAGUCUUCUAACCAACAAUUGUUUUCUUGUUUUCACAUUAAAACAUUAUCCGUUUCUUUUUCAUUGUACGAGCGUGUGAUAGGUAAAAUAAACUCGUUUGCUAAUGGUGUAUUGGACAAAAAAGAGUUUAAAUUAGGAUUUUUUGUUUCGAAUAGAAGUCUCCGGAUCUUCUAAUGCGUCGAGGGCUUUACUAAAACUCACUAAUAUUUAUUAAAUAAAUGCUUAUAUAUAUCGAACGAAUGAUAUUAGUACGAGUUACUAUGUGACAUCGUGAAAAGAUAAGAACACCGAAAUUGGAUCGACUUUUAUCAUCAGAAAUGAAGUGAUUUAUAAACUUGUUCUUUUUCGUAUUAUCACACUGACAUAAGACAUACGCCAUACAUCUGAUAAACAAAAAUAUAUUUGCAAUGCUUUCUGUCGUGCUAUUCUUUCUUGUUUCACUACCGAACAUCGUUUCUCAAAGAGAAUACCGAACCGUGCCACUUCGUUUCGAUGUAGCUAUCGAUCAACUACUUCAGCAUCAACAAUUCAUACUUCACGAGAUUGACCGUCUGUCAUACAGUAUUACACCUGCUGAGAUGCUGGCAUCUUUCUCAGCAUCUUCUAACAGUAAUACGACAACUAAAUGCGACCAGGACUUUCUACUCUUGUUCGAGGCAGCUGUAAAUCGUGAGCUUUGGGCACUCAAAAUCUUAGAUGCAUGGGGUAAGCCUGUACCAUCUGGUUUACUCAAAGGAAAUAGAUGGUGGGUAGGUAAUUACGAUGAAUGUCUCGACUCAUUAUAUCAACCUGAGAACAAAACAUUCUUACAACAGCCGUUCGAUGGUCAAUACUGUUCUCUACUUCUAAGCGGUAUUAUACCACCACAAAUAUUGACUCGCCCACUUUUUCUUGGGAUUUGUGCACCUUCUUCAUGUAAUCGUCAAUCCAUUCUUUCAUUAGUUCAAAGUCUAUUCAAUAACAGCAAUAUUGCCGAAGAACACGUACAUUGUUCGAAUGAUGAUGCCAGUAAACAGAAGAGUUUAUCACGCGGUGCGAUAGCCACAUGUGUUGUUCUCUCUCUACUCGGUCUUCUCGUCCUAGUCGGUACUAUCAUCGAUCUUGUUCUUGCUUCUCGUCUUGUAUCAGGCACUCAUAUUACUUCGGAUAUAAACGGACACAAUAAAAUAUCGGCUACAGAAUUACCCGAGAUUAAAUCGGUGACCUUGCGACGACAUCCACAUUUUCGUAUGAAAGCUCUACUCGAUACAACACCUCAAGCAGCAGUAUUCAUUGCGCAAUUUUCGGCUGUACGUACAUUACGUCGCAUAUUUACAAUGGAAAUGAAAAACAAUAGUGACUCAUUUGAUUUUCUCAACGGUGUUCGUGUACUUUCACUUUUCUGGGUGAUCUUUGGUCAUACAUUUGUUUUUAACUCAAACUAUGCAAGCAAUUCUGUCGAUGCGCUUGCUUGGUCUCAGAAUAUAGCAUUUCAAUUGAUUGUCAGUGGUCUCUUCAGUGUGGACACCUUUUUUGUUCUCAGCGGAUUUUUAACAGCAGUUCUCUUUGUUAGACAAAUCACCAAAGAAAAACUUACAUUUCGUCUAUUUAUUCUUUAUUAUAUUCAUCGAUAUAUUCGUCUUACACCGACCUUUGUUCUUGUCAUUCUUGUGAGCAUUAAUUUGACGCCAUACUUCGGUCGUGGACCUCUCUAUCCGUCCAAACAAGGAUUUGAAACUGAUGGUUGUAGUCAUCGUGGUUGGUGGAGAUCUGUUCUUUACAUUGCUAAUCUAUUUAAAUCCGAUGACACGUGCUUGUCUGUUUCGUGGUAUCUUGACAAUGAUAUGCAGUUUCAUUGGAUUGCACCACUUGCUCUCAUACCAUUUGUCAUUGGUCGAAAGUCCAUUGCAUUUAUUGUGGCCAUUCUAUUCGUUCUCGUUAGUAUUGGGUCAGUGCCGAUUCAAAGGACAUGGGAUAUUUCUUCACCAUGGAUUACUUCACAUUAUAUAGUUCAAACAGGAUAA